AGACAGAGCCUCGCGGCAGCCGCAGCAACAGGCGGCGGGGCCGGGCUCGUAGGGCAGAGGCGGCGGUGGGGCGGGGAGCUCCAGGAGGAGCGACUCGGGCCGGCAGCCGCCAGCAGGGAAGGAAAGCACCGCCGCCUCCCGCGCUCGACCGCCGCAGCCCUCCACCCAUCACCGCGCCCACCCUGCACCGGACCCCGCAGGAGGCGGCGCGCGCAUCCUGCAGAGCCCCGGCCACGCCGAGCUGCCGCCAGACAUGACCGUGGUGCCCGGGGACCACCUGCUGGAGCCAGAGGCGGCGGGAGGCGGUGGCGGGGACCCGCCUCAGGGAGGCUGUGGCAGUGGCGGCGGCGGUGGCGGCUGCGACCGCUACGAGCCACUGCCACCCGCGCUGCCCGCCGCGGGCGAGCAAGAUUGCUGCGGCGAGCGUGUGGUCAUCAACAUCUCUGGGCUGCGCUUCGAGACGCAGCUCAAGACCCUCUGCCAGUUCCCCGAGACACUGCUGGGCGACCCCAAGCGGCGCAUGCGGUACUUUGACCCACUCCGCAAUGAGUACUUCUUCGACCGCAACCGACCCAGCUUCGACGCCAUCCUCUACUACUACCAGUCCGGGGGCCGCAUUCGCCGGCCGGUCAACGUGCCCAUCGACAUCUUCUCCGAGGAGAUCCGCUUUUACCAGCUGGGUGAGGAGGCCAUGGAAAAGUUCCGUGAGGAUGAGGGCUUCCUGCGGGAGGAGGAGCGACCCCUGCCCCGCCGUGACUUCCAGCGCCAGGUGUGGCUGCUCUUCGAAUAUCCGGAGAGCUCCGGGCCGGCCCGGGGCAUUGCCAUUGUGUCAGUGCUGGUCAUUCUCAUCUCCAUUGUCAUCUUCUGCUUGGAGACGCUUCCCGAGUUUCGCGAUGAGAAAGACUAUCCCGCCUCCCCGUCGCAGGACGUGUUUGAGGCUGCCAACAACAGCACGUCGGGGGCCCCUUCUGGAGCCUCCAGCUUCUCGGACCCCUUCUUCGUGGUGGAGACCUUGUGCAUCAUCUGGUUCUCCUUUGAGCUUCUGGUGCGGUUCUUUGCUUGCCCCAGUAAAGCCACCUUCUCCAGAAAUAUCAUGAACUUGAUAGACAUUGUGGCCAUCAUUCCUUAUUUUAUCACUCUGGGCACUGAGCUGGCUGAACGACAAGGUAAUGGGCAGCAGGCCAUGUCGCUGGCCAUCCUGAGAGUCAUCCGCCUAGUAAGGGUUUUCCGCAUCUUCAAGCUCUCCCGCCAUUCUAAGGGGCUGCAGAUCCUAGGACAGACGCUGAAGGCUUCCAUGCGGGAGCUGGGGCUGCUCAUAUUCUUCCUCUUCAUUGGGGUCAUCCUUUUCUCCAGUGCAGUCUACUUUGCUGAGGCAGACGACCCUUCUUCGGGUUUUAACAGUAUCCCGGAUGCCUUCUGGUGGGCAGUAGUAACCAUGACAACUGUUGGUUAUGGUGAUAUGCACCCAGUGACCAUAGGAGGCAAGAUUGUGGGCUCUCUUUGUGCCAUCGCAGGUGUCUUGACCAUUGCAUUGCCAGUUCCUGUGAUUGUUUCCAACUUCAACUACUUCUACCACCGGGAGACAGAAGGGGAAGAGCAAGCCCAGUACAUGCACGUGGGCAGUUGCCAGCACCUCUCCUCUUCAGCCGAGGAGCUCCGAAAAGCCCGGAGUAACUCCACUCUGAGUAAGUCGGAGUAUAUGGUGAUCGAAGAGGGGGGUAUGAACCACAGCGCCUUCCCGCAGACCCCCUUCAAAACGGGCAACUCCACAGCCACUUGCACCACGAACAAUAACCCCAACUCCUGUGUCAACAUCAAGAAGAUAUUCACUGAUGUCUAAUAUAUGAUACGGUUGCCAAUUCUGUGCCCAGUAUUGUGUGGAACAUGCCCCCUUGGUCUGUGUAUGCCCUUGAUUUAUACAUUUCCAGACCACUCAUCAAGGAAAGUACAAGAAGUGAGGAAGCACACUUCAUUCUCCCUAUUGCUUCAUACUGAAACAGGUGCCUGUUUUUGCAAGUGGGCUGCAUUCUCUCAGCUCUUUUUUUCUCUCUCUCCCUGUCUCUUAAUUUUGUGACCAACAAACUUACAUUAAGCGUGGUUUUUUUGUGUGAGCCCUACAGCCACAUCCUGAGAGGAAGUGAAACUAUAGAGUCAGAGUAACUGUUUAACCUCAAAAUCAAAAGAUAGUUGUUUCUUUACUAAGUAAAGGAGGCGGAACCUAAAUGAAGCUCCUGACUGGUGGACUUUUCAAUAUUAUUUCCGGACUAGUUAUUGUAACUACCUAACCUCUGGAUAUGUGGGUGGAAAGUCUAACUAGAGCGUUGACGCGUAAGCCCACUAUAAAUUUAUUUUGUUUUUGACUGAUCUUUCAGUUUGAAUCUCUCCCCUAAGGACUUAAGGUUCACAAUAAUUUUGAACCAAAAGGGAAAUGCCCCGAAUGUCCUGAUCUGGCUAUUAACUCUUCAAAGUUUGCAAAGCAUUUUGAAAACAUUAGACACAGAUUCCAAUGAAGUUGUGAGUUCAUGCCCCAGCCAAUAUCUACGAAAGUCUAGAAACUCAUUUUCAGUGCUGCCGGGAGAAACAACAGAAAUUCCUGAUGCAUCCGAGAGAUAAGCUUCUGCAGUAUCACAGGAAGAUUAAAGUGUCAGACACCCCUUCCAGCGGAAGUUACUAAUUCGGACCUGACUGAUGCAGUUCCCAUAGCAACCCGUGUUUCCUGGGAAACCCGAAAAAGGUUGUCAUGGCAUCUUUUGCUCUCUAGCCCCACCCCCACCCCAGGCCCUGCCGUUUCUACAGUAACCUUUCCAGAUGGUUCCUACUUACAUGAUUUCAUAAGAAAAAAACACUAUUUGAAUAAACCACACAAAUUAAGUGUAAGACUAUAUAGAGGUUAAAUGAAUCACAAAAUGCUUUUUUACAUUUUAUAUAAAUCAUUGCUGUUAUCCCAUAAUGACUGGAUCAAAAAGGAAAUUAUCAUCUUUGGAACGUUACACGUAAGGCAUGAUCUGAAUUAAAUGUCAGUUGUUUGGUAGCAAUUUUUAAAGAUGGUUCUGUACAGUUUUCAUUAAGAAAUGGCAAGCCAACAGAUAAAAUGAGAACAACAAUAUAAACAUGGUCUGUACAUAAGCCAGUGAGAGUCAGUGUACCCAAAGUAUUACUACAAGAUACCUUCAGAGUUCCUCAAUUUAAAAGAAAAAAAAGAAAAAGAAAAACAUCCAGAUCCCACAACAGGACUGUCACCAUCACAGCACUGGAAAAGCAGAAUCAACCUCAAACAUAUGGAGGAUGCACAAUUUAAUGAGUGGAUUACAAAAAGGAGGUUCAGGAAAUGAUCAGACUUGAAAGAACACCUGCAAGUUACAGCCACAUGCUGAGAGCUGCCAGCAGACAGACAGAAUCAGGUGAGCCCUGUCCUAUGUGAUCCCUACAAGUAGUCUAUUGUGCAGGGAACCAGGGACAUUUCUGUUCAUAACUAGGUUUAUAUUUGCAAAGCAGACAGUUUUAUAUUACAUGCCAGUUGCCUUUAGAAAGAUUAAGAAAUUCUUCCCAUUUUCCCCAUGUUUCUGGUUAUCUUUUGGUUUCCAUGUUUAUGGCAAAGGGAUGCAGAAAAUUCCCCUCUGAGCAGCUUUCUCCCAAGCUGAACUGAAAAGUACUCCAUUGCUUUAACCAACCCUCUUGGCUUCUGAACAAUUUGUUUCCCCCUUUAAACUGAAUAAAAGGCAAAUGCUACAACUGCUA